AUGUGCGUCUCUAAGCUGCUCGUUUUCCUCUGUGCCCUCCCCAUUGGAAUAGCAAUGGGCAGCCGUCAUGACACUGGCAGCUCAUUAAUGUUCCAGCAAGGCGAGGUACCCAAUGAAAAACCUGUUCACGGCAUCGGCACCGUGGUAGGCAGUUUGCGGCGCGCAGGCACAUCCACCGUUGCACUGUCCACAUUGGCAGUUGCUUUGGUGGUGGGCUUCCUCAUCCUGCGUUGUUUUGGUUCUCUUCAGUCCUUCAAGAAGGAAAAAUACGGAAGAAUAAGAAGGAGGCUUUCAGUCGACCACACGGAUAUGUGUAGCGACUCCAGAAGCAUUGGAGUGAAUUCGCCGGUAGGCACCACACAGAGAAUGGUGAUGUUUGCAAGCGAACACUUAGGCGUGGCAUUGCACCUACAUAAAGGAUGCACUGCGGCUGGGGAGCUGGAUCUCAAGCUUGUUUGCGGUCGUUUCCGUUCCAGGCAAGUCUUGCUCUCCGGAGGAGGAGAACACAGCUGUGUAGAGAGAUUCGACGAGAUUGUUCUGAAAGGAGAUGUUUCUUCUAUGGAACCACGAGCAGACAGCAUUGCUGAGAACGGCGUGCGCUUUGAUGUUUGGUGCAGUGCGAUUCUUUGGUUUGCACAGCCGCGUGAAAAGGAAGGUUCGAUUGCAAUGAAUUGGAUGGAAUGUAGCAAACAGUCUGCACACCUGGCGGGUAUAGCGCGGCGUGUGUCUCACGACACCUGUUUGGUGGCAGCCUGCAUCUGCAUCUAG